AUGUCAAAGUUAGUUAGACGCGCUAUAAUCCCAGCAAUAACCCUACUAUUCAUCAUUUGUAUAACAAUACUAGAAAAAUCUAAAUCAAAUACAUCCUUGUAUGAUAAAUCGAGUGAAAUUUUUGAUUCAAUAAGCCAUUUCACAUUUGCGUCGCCUCAUGAACAGAAAUCCAGCCCGAAUGCACAAGAAUUUCCACCUCAUCCAUCAUCUGGUCAAUUGACCACAGAUAAGCAAAAUGCCGAACAUGAAGAAUCAAAAGAAGAGGUGCCUGAUCCAUGUACUAUCAAGAAUCCAUUGAAUCAAGGUUUCAUCGACUUGAGAGGGCUUUCUGCCAUGGGUAAUGAAAACAAACCAAUGCCUUGGAAAUCUCGUGGUUAUGAUUCAGGAAAGAAUUUCACUAUUGGUAUAUGUUCAAAUCCUUUUAAACAAUCUCAUAAUGAGGUAAGCGAGAUUCAAGAUAGUGUUAACUCAACUAUGAUUGGAGCAUAUUACAUUGACCCGACAACAAAUAAAUACGUAUCCAUGGGAGAAUAUUCAUCACAUCCAAUUUUCAGAGGUCGUAAAUUAACCUUGACCUAUGAAAAUGGAUCUUUUUGCAAUGCUUAUGAUUUAAGUACUGGUGCUAGAUUACGAAAAACAACUAUUUUGACAUUCACUUGUGACCGUGAAAUGUCAGCUAAAGCAUCGGUUUCGUACGUAGGAAGCUCAAAUGAUUGCACAUUUUUCUUUGAGGUUCGAAGUCAUCAUGCUUGUCCUACGGCUGCAAAGGCAAAUAAUAUGGCUGCUGCCUGGAUCUUUUUGUUCAUUUUCUUGGCUGCGUUGGCGGUAUAUUUCAGUGGUGGCUUGCUAUAUAAGCAUAUGAAAGCUAGUCGGAAAGACAAUAGAGGUACAUCUAAAGCGUAA